AUGUACAAUACUUCCUGUGGUCACCAGGACAGAGCUAGCCCGUCCCCCUCCACCCUGCUGGAGACCCCUGGUCACAACUCUCCCGGUAGCACCUUACUGCUGGUCAAGAAACACCAGCAGAGACGUAUAGGGAAGAAACCUCACCACUGCUGCUCUGACUGUGGGAAGAGUUUUACUAGCCGGAGUGACUUAAUUACUCACCAGCGGAUUCACACAGGAGAGAAACCGUACUGCUGCUCUCAGUGUGGGAAGAGUUUCACCUCUCCAGGAAGUCUUAAUGUACACCAAAUAAUCCAUACAGGAGAGAAACCUUACAGAUGCUCAGCGUGUGGGAAGAGUUUCCCUGCUUCUCAAACCUUAAAAUGUCAUCUGAGAAUUCAUACAGGGGAGAGGCCUUACCCCUGCCUUGAUUGUGGGAAAAGAUUUGCUUAUUUGCGAGCCCAAACCAUACACAAGCUAACACACACUGGAGUGAAGCCUUAUUGCUGUGAUCAGUGUGGGAAGAGCUUCAAUCAGUCAGGCCACCUGACAAAACACAAGCUAACACACACUGGAGUGAAGCCUUAUAGCUGUGAUCAGUGUGGAAAGAGCUUUGCUGUAUCAGAAAAACGAACUUUACACCAGCGCAUACACACUGGAGAGAAACCUUAUAGCUGUGAUCAGUGUGGGAAGUGCUUUGCUGUAGCUUCCAUCCUGAAUAGACACCAGCAAACACACACUGGAGAGAAGCCUUAUAGCUGUGAUCAGUGUGGGAAGAGCUUUGCUGUAGCUUCUGCCCUGAAUAGACACCAUCGAACACACACUGGAGAGAGAACUUAUGUCUGUCUAUGUGGGAAGAGCUUUGCUCUAGCUUCCGCCCUGAAUAGACACCAUCGAAUACACACUGGAGAGAAGCCUUAUAGCUGUGAUCAGUGUGGGAAGAGCUUCAGUCAAUUAGUACACCUGAAUAUACACCAGCGAACACACACAGGAGAGAAGCCUUACAGCUGUGAUCGUUGUGGAAAGAGCUUCAGUCAAUUAGGGAACCUGAAUUCACACCUGUGAACACACACUGGAGAGAAACCUUAGAUAGAUAUAUGUGGGAAGAGCUUUGUUCAUUUAGGGCCAAUGAGAAAACACCAGAAAGCAAAAAUGUGCCAUAUUUCAUCUCCCUCCUAUCCGACACCGGUUCCAGAUCCCUAAAUAAAGGAUCUAGUGAACAGUCAUAUCCAUCUCCCAUUCUUAAACAGUUGACUUAGUCUGAUAACCAUGGUAACCUCUUUGGAGGAUAAUAUGCAGCUCUGAUCAAGGAUCAGGUCUCUCCUGUGUAAUAUAAUAAUAAUAAUAAUAAUAUGCCAUUUAGUAAUAUCAGGUCUCUCUCUAUGUAAUAUCACACAUUGUGAUCUAAAUGGAUAAGUGUUAUCAUAGAAAAUGUCAUAGUGAACCUGUGUGUGUUGGGGGGAUGUUGAUAAUUGUAUCUUCUUUCAUUUACUCAUGAUACUAUUAGUAUUAAAUGUCAUUAUGUAGAAUAAUGUUUCA